CUCUUCUUCUCAUCCCGCCAUUUCACUCAGAAAACCCUAAUACUCUCUCUCUCUCUCUCCAGUUCCCAGUCUACUGAUUCUCUCCUCUGCCAUUUCCGGCGACGACGGUGCGACACUGUUUAAGUCUCGGCGGUGCCGUUUAGACGCUUUGUACGGAAUAUGGCAAAUGUCGAUUUGCCUUCUCGGCUAUUCGCGGACAGGGAAGAACCUGCGGGUGAUCGGGUGAACAUGUACUUCAAGUUAAACACAAUUAAGGCGGUGCUUAAGGCGUUGACGCCGGAAGAACUUGACACAAUUCGUCCAUGUUUUGGGAAGCUGCUUGAUAUCUACUCGAAGCCUGUUUUCUCUGGUAAAUUGGCGCACUUUCUCCUCACCCGCCAGCUGAAUGUUGUCAAACGACAUGAAAUAUGGGUCAUUUUCGCCGGGAAGCCAAUAAGAUUCUCUCUGAGGGAAUUCGGGUUGGUUACUGGUCUCAACUGCAGCCCUCUACCGCCUCUGGACCGGUCUCUCCUUAAAUCUCCUCCUGGUGUGACCCCGUACUGGUUUACCCUCUUUGGUGGUGAGGAGUAUUUCACCGGCGAGAUGUUACUUGCGAAGCUGCGAAGGCCGAAAGCCUUGUCCUCUGAGUUGCGUGUCAAAUAUGCAUGCUUGCUCCUUGUUGAUGGUUUCUUGUCCAGGCGGUCCUACCACAUGAAGAUCCCCAAGUCUCACGUUGAGAUGAUUCGUGAUUUGGAUGCUUUUCUAGCAUAUCCCUGGGGCCGCUACAGUUUUGACCUGACCAUGCGCUGCAUCAAGUCGCGAUCUUUAGACCAGCUUGCACAGGCUACUGUCGCCAUUCAAGGAUUUAUUCACGCACUAGUUCUUGUGUUUGUCGAAGCUGUCCCCGCUGUGCUCUCUGCUGUUGGUGCUGGCACUGACCUCGAGUCUGGUGAUGAAGAUCCUUUCCCUGUCAUAGCAAUGAAACUUGAACCGGUCUGGGACUUGGAUGGAGUUGACGAGGUUGAGGUUUUGUCUGUACUUCCUGCUGGUGAAAAUGUUGUUGGUAUAGAAGACUGUAGCUGGGCGGAUGAAGUAAGUGAUCCAAGUGUUGACUUGAUGCUGCAACAAUUGGAUGAUGGAGUCAAGUUUAAGCGUGCGAUGUUUGGUGGUGGUAUUAGAGGAGCUGAUGUGCAAGUAGAGCCUCCUCCUCGGGUUAUUGUCAGAAGGAAACGUAAAUUGCGGGCCAAAGCGUCUGAAUGUUCCACCUCUAGGGGGGAGUCUUCCCGGGCCAAAAAAUCUAAGGUUCGUGCUGCACGUUCUAGAUUUGCCUCCCAAGAUUCCCCUAGGGCGACUCUGGACACUGCCACAGUUUUGAAAGCUGCUUUAAAAGAGGCCCAGUCUGAUGUGUAUGCCCAUAUCUGUGUUGAACUGAAGUCCAUGGAACUGAGGUUGGAACGUUCCCUCAAGGAAAAUAUCAAUUCUGCGGUUGUUGCAGCCAUUAGCGGGAUCGUGGUGGAGAAUGUUUUGCGCGAGGUUGGCAUAGGUGUAGGUCAGCCUUACAACAAAUCCCCAAGUUCUCCUUCUCCUUCUAUUAGGCAGACUGAUCCUCAACCAUCUCCAGUGGUGGUAGCUCCUGAAAACCAUUCUGACCAGUGUCAACGCCCCUCUCAGCAGCAGCCACCACUCGCAAAUGAACAAAAUGCCGGGCCUGUUGAGGAUACCGCUUCAUCUGAAUCAUCUGGGUCGCGCAGCAGGACUCCUGCUGAUGAAGUGACCGAGGAAGCUUCAAUGGGAGGAGAUUGCGGGGAUGGUCAGAUUGUAGCUGGGGGAGAGGCUGUCGCAAUGUCUGCAAACUACAAGAAGUUGAUGGUCCUUGACAUACCGCCUAUGGCAUUCGGUGAUGGUUUAGUGAUCAAGGACUCUGAGUUGCUCAUGAUACCCACUAUCAUCCCUCCUGGCUAUCCCAAUGUAAUGGACGCUUGUGUAUCUGUCUUACGUGAGACCCUGUUUGACAACACUGAUCCUGCUUCUGAUCCUCGUGCUGAUUUGCUUCCGUGUAAGUUCUAUGGCUCUCUGGCGGUUCUGUAUGCUAAGUUCAAGAAGGUGAAGCGGAAGGAAACUUUUGAGUUUGAUCCCGCUCUUAUCAAUGAGAUCACUACGAGGUUUAAGGCAACAGGCAGAGUUUGGCUGUCGCACAUCGAGCAUUUGCUCUCUCCAUUUAACAUUGAUAAAAACAGGUGGAUAGCUGUUCACAUUGACCUGACCUCUCACACUCUCACUGUUCUUGAUCCAACUGCUGCUGCACGCCGGGGAUCCCGUCUUAAGCCUGAGCUCGAGUUUAUAUGCGAGAUGUUUCCUUAUCUGGUACGGAAGGUUGGUGGCUGUGAUCUAAUGAAGAAUUUCCCGCUUCAGCCACUCACCUUUGCUAGGAACACACAUGUUUCCCAAGCGACUAACCUAGCUAACAGUGGGAUGCUCUCCUUGUUGUUGCUGGAAGCAUAUGCUACAGGCGGGAUGGACAAAGCGGUGCUUGUUAAGGAAGAUGGCAUGCGCCUGCGUGCUGAGGAGUUGGCGGUGCAGAUGUACGAGCACUGCUGUGGUGAACUUUGAUGGCUGAUGUGGCCUUACUCAUUGGUGUACUCUCCUGGACUCUACUUUAUCUUUUUUUUUUUUGCAACUAUUCGGCUUUGUCAAUUUCAUUCCCUCUCUGUUCUGCUGAACCUUAUUUCUUCAUGACUCUAGUAUGUUUUACAAGUGUUUUUGUAUCAUAUGUGUGCGAGUGGACGAUGUGGUCUGAACCUUGAAGUGUGUUUAUUUCCAUGUCUUUGAAUUAUAACUGUUAGAUAUUCGGACAAGUGUUUGCAA